AUGUAGCACUAAUAUGUAAUAAAUCCUAAUAUUUCAAGCAUUAUAAUUAUUAACUCAUCCCAGGGUUCUCAUUUGAACAACGUAGACAUUCUACUGUUUUAGCAAUCAAUAAAUCUAAUACAAUGGUGUAUUCUGCAGGUGAUAAUAAAAUUGUUGUGUUCUAAUUGAAAAAUGGGUUGAGAUAGUUAUAAUAAGUUAAAUCACAUUCAAUCAAAAUUACUACUCUUAACGUCUUUAAUCAAAAUUCAGGUUUGGUAUCUGGUUCUCUUGAUGCUUCAAUCGUUUUAUGGUCUUUAGUUAUGAAUCGAGAUUUCAAAUAUUUAGCUAGAUUAAAAGAGCAUAAAAAUGAAGUAACAUGUCUAGUAUUACAUCCUUUUUAAAGUAAUUUAAUCAUUAGUGGAUCAGAUGAUCAAUCAAUAAAAUUUUGGACUUUCAAUUGUUUAUAAUUCUCAAAUAAGAAAUCUUGGUAUUGUUCAUAGACUAUUUCACAGCAUAAUUCUACUGUUUCUCAAAUUUCUAUAAGUCAAGACGGAAAUAAAUUAAUAUCCUGUUCAAAUAAAUUAAUAAUAGUUAUUAGCUAUUCUGUCUAAAAUUUAUGGUAAGUAAAUUAACUAAUUUAACUAUCUGAAGUAGGAGUAAGAUUGUCAUUUAUCAAUGAUAACUUGUUUGCUUACUAACCAUGGACUGGAAAAUCUCUACACAUUUAUAAACUAGAUUCUAUUGAAAAUUAAUACGUCAAAUCAAAAGAAGUUGCAGUUUAAGGGCAAAAAGAUGCCUGCUGGAGUUAUUUUCCAGCCAUUUAUGCUCCUUCAAAAAACAUUCUAAUUUGCAAGAACGGAUAUAAAAUAAAUGUGUUAAAAUUCAUAUUCUCUUCAUCCGACUCCGACUGGCAAUGUCAUUUGGAACAAAGUAUUAAUUAUAAACACAAUUGGGUAUUCGGAACCUUAAGCGCCGACGGUUAAUAUUUAAUAACAAGUGAUUGGUUUUCAAAAUCAAUUCAGAUAAGGUAGCUUACUUAUUAAGAGAACAUUGAGUAAUAAGUUGAAAAUAAUAUAAGUAAUUAUUUAUGA